CCUUUUGGGACAUGUCAGUGUAACCCUCCGCCUGCAGUAGAUGUGCUGAGGCUGGAGUAGCCACCAUUUUGCAUGUCGAGUGUGUUCCUCCCUCCAUUGCUUAUAGAGACGAUUCCACUUACUUUCUGGCAUCACCACGGCUGAGAAUGCCAGCUCCGAUCAGAUUGCGGGAGCUGAUCCGGACUAUCCGGACAGCGCGGACCCAGGCAGAGGAGCGCGAAAUGAUCCAGAAAGAGUGUGCCGCUAUCCGCUCAUCUUUCAGAGAGGAGGACAACACAUAUCGUUGCAGAAACGUGGCCAAGCUCCUUUAUAUGCACAUGUUGGGCUACCCGGCGCACUUUGGGCAGCUCGAGUGCCUGAAGCUGAUCGCAUCGCAGAAGUUUACUGACAAGCGAAUAGGUUAUCUGGGAGCUAUGCUGUUGUUGGACGAGAGGCAGGACGUGCAUCUAUUAAUGACAAAUUGCAUUAAAAAUGACUUGAAUCACAGCACACAGUACGUCCAAGGGCUGGCCUUGUGCACUUUGGGCUGCAUGGGCUCCUCAGAAAUGUGCCGUGACCUAGCGGGAGAGGUGGAGAAGCUGCUCAAAACAUCCAACUCUUACUUGCGGAAAAAGGCGGCGCUGUGUGCGGUUCACGUCAUCAGAAAGGUUCCCGAACUCAUGGAAAUGUUCCUUCCAGCCACAAAAAACCUGCUGAGCGAGAAGAACCAUGGUGUUCUCCAUACAUCUGUUGUCCUCCUAACUGAGAUGUGUGAAAGAAGUCCUGACAUGCUGUCUCACUUCAGAAAGCUGGUUCCACAACUGGUGAGAAUUCUGAAGAACCUAAUAAUGUCUGGAUACUCGCCUGAGCAUGAUGUGUCGGGCAUAAGCGAUCCUUUUCUGCAGGUGAGGAUAUUGAGACUACUGCGAAUUCUAGGCAGGAGCGACGACGACUCCAGUGAAGCAAUGAAUGACAUUCUUGCACAGGUUGCAACAAACACUGAGACAAGUAAAAACGUGGGCAAUGCAAUCUUGUACGAGACUGUGCUGACCAUCAUGGACAUCAAGUCCGAAAGUGGGCUGAGGGUUUUGGCAAUUAAUAUAUUAGGUCGAUUCCUCCUUAAUAACGACAAAAAUAUAAGAUAUGUGGCAUUGACAUCCCUACUAAAGACGGUACAGACUGACCACAAUGCAGUGCAGAGGCAUCGGAGUACCAUUGUGGAUUGUUUAAAAGACCUUGACGUGUCCAUCAAGAGACGUGCAAUGGAACUGAGCUUUGCCCUGGUGAACGGCAACAACAUUAGAGGCAUGAUGAAAGAGCUGCUCUACUUCCUGGACUCGUGCGAUCCAGAAUUUAAAGCAGACUGUGCAUCAGGAGUCUUUCUAGCAGCAGAAAAGUAUGCCCCUUCAAAAAGAUGGCACAUAGACACUAUCAUGAGAGUUCUGACCACAGCAGGAAGUUAUGUCCGCGACGACUCCGUGCCCAACCUUAUUCAGCUCAUCACAAACAGUGUUGAGAUGCACGCAUAUACAGUACAGAGACUCUACAAAGCUCUUCUGGAUGACAUCUCACAGCAACCUCUUGUCCAAGUGGCAUCCUGGUGCAUAGGAGAGUAUGGGGACCUAUUGGUUUCUGGUCAGUGUGAAGAAGAGGAGCCCAUUCAGGUGACUGAAGAUGAAGUUCUGGAUGUGCUGGAAGGGCUUCUAGUAUCCAAUCUGUCCACGCCUGUGACUCGAGGUUAUUCUCUUACCGCCAUCAUGAAGCUGUCUACUCGCUUCAGCGGUGUCAACCGGAUCAAGAAGGUGGUUUCGAUAUACGGCAGUAGCAUUGACGUCGAGCUGCAACAGAGAGCAGUGGAGUACAACGCACUUUUCAAGAAAUACGACCACAUGAGGCCAGCUCUCCUCGAGCGAAUGCCCAUUAUGGAGAAAACAGCCGCUAAUGGCCCCACCGAGAUUGUGCAGACCAACGGAGAGACGGAACCCUCUGUUGGCGACUCAAAACAUCCACCCCUUGUCAGUCAGCCAGCCAACCAGGCAAAUGAUUUAUUAGACCUGCUGGGUGGUAAUGAUGUGGUGCCAGUCAUCCAUACCGCAGUGCCACCCAAACCUACGUCGUCGGGAGGAGAGCUGCUGGACCUGCUGGGUGACAUCUCGCUAAGUGGCGCUCCAGCCCCUGCUCCUGCUCCCUCUGUUCCUACCUCCCAACCCCCUUUUCUCCUGGAUGGCCUUUCCUCCCAGCCUCUCUUUAAUGACAUUGCAGCUGCAGGUAUUCCUCCUAUGACGGCCUACAACAAGAACGGCCUGAAAAUAGAAUUCACCUUUGAGAGAGCAAACCCCAACCCCAACGUCGCCAUCAUCACCAUCCACGCUUCCAACUCCACAGAGGCAGACAUGACAGACUUUGUUUUUCAGGCUGCAGUACCAAAGACAUUCCAGCUGCAGCUUCUGUCCCCCAGCAGUAAUGUCGUCCAUGCGCUCAACCAGGGAACCGUCACACAAAUCAUCAGAGUCCUCAACCCACAGAAACAACAGCUGAGAAUGAGGAUCAAGCUGACGUACAACCACAAAGGCUCUCCGGUGCAAGACCUGGCUGAAGUCAAUAACUUCCCCCCUCAGUCGUGGCAGUGAUAAGUUGCUUCUUUUGCUCCUAAAACCCCCUCUGACGGGGACUAUGAAUUUUUUUUUUCCACCUUGACCUUCCUCCUCCCUCUUUCUUCCAACGGACUCCCCCUCAGUGACAUCACUAAACGCACAGCAGAGCGUCUUUAACAAAGGAAAAACCAGUUGAGAUGAAGAGCCGUUCGAUAAGCGGGAUGAUCUGUCCGUGAGCUAUCUGUUUUCUUUCUUUACUGGUGUCAUCAUCUCUUGUUAGCCAUGCCACUUUUGUUUCCCCCCCCCCUCACAUGAACAUUGUACUAAAUAGAACAUUAACUCACUUGAUAAAAUGAAUAUUUAUGAUUGCGCUGAGCCUAUAAAGCCCUAAUAAUGCAAUCUUCAGAUAAUUCACUUUUGUGACCUUUCUCAGUUGAAAAUGUCGUUGCAUUUCAUCACUGUCCGGUGGAGUCCUCGCACAUCUAAAAUUACUACUGUUAAGGAAAUCCAAACAAAAGGGCCAUUUUGCUUGUUGCAUCAUUCAAGUUGGCAUUUUAACUCCCACUGUGCAUCAACACAACCCAAAACAGGCUUACUCAAAUCUAUCUGUCAAAGUUUGGAUAUCAAAACACAUCCGGACUUUGAAUCCCAAUUCGACAUAAUGCUGCACAGCUCCCACAGAGUUGGAAGGAGGGCUUAGAUAGUUAGUGUGCAAGCUAUUCGAUAGAUUUGUGCUGAACCUAUUUUCAACACUUAAUAAAUUGUUUAAAAAUCGGAGAAAAAUAAAACGAUGCAAUUGGUACAUGCCAUUAUUGGAGUUUCUCCCGAAUGCGACGAUAUUCUUGCAAGGUAGACUAUCCGGGCAGUGUGAAAAAUAUAUUCCACUUUAUAAAACACUCACAUUUUGAGAUGGUUGUAAUCGUGAUGCGUAAAUCACAAUUUCUAAUUAUAUAUUUUUUCCCCUGUGUGGCUCUAAUGCAGUAAGCUGGUUAGUGAGAUGCGUUUGUUUUACCCAGUUGAGCUUCUCACCUCGCACAAACUUCUGUAAAUGAAGCCUGUUCUGAAUGUAGUUACAUGCACUGAAUGCUGUUCUCCCCCAUCUCCUUAUUUCUCCUCCAUCGAUGAUACGGCCAUCACAUCGGCACUAUUUCUGUGAAAAUAUGUUUGAUUUCUUUCAGUAAAUCGACUUGAUUAUUUAUGCCUGAUAUCAAAGUGACGUGCCUUUCUGACUUGACGGGAAAAGUUUUGCUAGUGAGGGAAGUGAUUGUGAUGGAUUUGAACUGCUAGAUCAUCUUUCACCUUAUUCAAAGCGCAUUUGGCUUUCACUCUGGAGCGCUUUACCGGACCUCCGCAAUCACGCAAAUGCUCACAAUCUAAUCCCAAUUGUCCUGUGAGUGAAAAUGUUGCUGCGCUUCAUUUCUUGCCUGAUAGGCCCCAAACGAAGCAAAUCGUAAAAAAAUAAGGCAGCUAAUAGAUGUCACUUUUUUUUCAAACGAUGCCAUCGAACGUUGUCAUCAAAUCUCAUUUAAUGUCCUGUCCCAGUUUUCAGAUAUGGAUUUACCUAAUUAAUCGAGUGAGGACUUUUUUUAGUCGUGCGAUUGAUUUGCCGGCUCUGCUCUUCUCUGUCACGGGAGGCUACCGUUGAUACCUCACAAUCUUCUCUUUCUACUGACUCGGAGUGGUUGGCCUGCUUUUCGUCCCCGGUCGCAAGCGAGGGGCGCACAGCUGCAUGAAAGCUGACGGCCGUUUGUACACGUGCGCCGUAACAAGUUAGCGACAAACAACCUUAGCGGCCCCACAAUGCUUUGAUAUUCAAUCACUAUGCUUCAUUAUCUAACUCCUGUGACCAAAAUCGGAGAGACUAUUAGCUUUGGAAAUAUUUUUCAGCUACGAUAUGUGUAUAUGGAGGAAAAUAAUUUCACUUUUUUUCUGUGUUUGACAAAUGCUAUAUUAGCUUGUUUUCUGUACAUAUUGAGGGCUUUUACAAAAUUUUUGUCUCUUGUACUAUCUUUCAUCCUUUUUUUAGAUACCAUUUUCUAAACCAGUUCUUCACUAUGUAUAUUGUCUAAAUUAGUCGACCGUAGACUACAUCAGGCUUCCCUGUAUCACCACUCAUCCAUUGUAAAAGGUAUAAUAUGAUCUGCUACCUGUACAUUGUAUAUAAUUGUAAAACAAACAAAGGCUGAUCCACUUAAAUAAAAACCCACAUGAAGACUUCAAACCAUUAGCUAGGACAUCAAAUUGUAUGCAUAUAUGUACAAAAGAUUCUUAAACUGCAAUCGAUUGACGAGGAUUCCUACUUGGAAUGGAGUGGAUGUGUCGUCGUUUUACAAAGAUAACUACUGAGGCUAGUCAGGGUUUGCUUUCAAUGAUCGAACGUACUACUGAGAAACGAAAACAUUGCACAAGUAAGCUUUCACAAUGCACCCCCAAGCUUGCUUCGUCUCACCUUUUCUGUUGGCCUUGUGUGUGCCGCUUUUUAAAUAUGAUGUCUUUCUUACUUUUUUUUUUUUAAUGCAGGACUUUCCCGACACCUUAACUAUAAUGGUGGCCCGAAAUUCACCCCAAUUCAAGACAAUAAUACAACACCCCCAUCCCCAAUUGUUCCAGCACAUGUAUCCUCUCAAACAAUUUUAAAGGAAAGUUGUUUGAGCAUUUAUUCAAUAUCCAGCCUAGUAAGCUCUGUUCUUAUAGUUGGACAUUUCAGAACACUUGUAGAAUGAAUGUUUUGUGCUACACUACUUGUAGGCAUGUCACACACUAGUUGCAACAAUGACAUGAAAUUGUAUUUCUUGUGAGCAACCAAAAAACAUUGGACAAAGAUGACUUCUGUAAUUGUUUUAUCAUGAGUGUAACUAGUGACAUGAUCAAAAUGUACUUAUUACAAUCUAGUGCUUCACUGGCAGUACUAGUAGCAUGCAGACGUCAUACAGGGUACAGUUUUUCCUCACGAGUACUAAUAUACCAAAGUUGUCCAGCGAUAUCAUUCAGAAGUGGGAAAAAUUACUAUUAAAACACUUCAGUGAGAGAGUCAUUCAUUUUGUGGAUCCUAAUCGAUCCAGUAACUAUUGAGUAGUAGUGGCAGUACGUGUCCGUCAAAAUGGAUAUCAAGGAUAUGGAAUAAAUACUCAAACGGCCUUCCCAUUAAUCUCGACUGAAAACUGCGUUACAUCCCAUUCGCCACAAGGUGGAGCUGCGCAACACUAGAAUGCGGGUGGAAAGGAAAAGUUCAGUCCAGCUUGCUCACGUUUGUUUUGUGUGUUUUUGUUUGCUUGUGUUGUUUUUCGAGUUGUGCGUCUUCUAUGCCCGUUGUUUUUAGUGAUGCUCAUCCCUUUGGUAAAUGAACCUAACACAAGCGCUUUGGACACACUUGAAGGAAGAACAAUUAUUUAUGCAAUCUGUGUGCGUGCUUGGUUUACCUGAUUUUAUUUGGUUGCACGUUCUGAGUUUGCAAGCUGCAUGUAAAAAAAAAAAAAAGUCAUUUCUACUUGACCUACUCAUUUUUGUUUUUGGGGUAGAUAAUGCAAGGAACAUUUGUGAAUCUAGCCCACCCAGUUAUAGGUUACCCGUGUGUACAAUAGGAUUUUGUUCAGAUAGCGGUCACAUUAAGGAUUAAAGAAAUGAAGUGCACCCCUAGGCUCGUCAUGACUGUAUUGAUUUGUUAUAGCGGAAUGAGCACCUCUAUUUUUGUUUAGUUAUUUUAACCCCGUCCAACCCCCACCGAAUUGGACGCGUUGAACUGAACCCUACAGUCCGCGGCUCGAAGGUGAGUGUGACUGUCAGACUGAAAGUAUAUGAUAUGAUCGAAGAUGACAAGUUGUAAACUAUUAAAUGGGAUAUUUUUAAUUGAUGAUGUGUGUUGUCAUUUGGGUUGCAGAAAAUGAUAAAGCAAAUAAAAAGUUAAUACUGUAA